GCGCGGGCCCUUUAACUAGGAGCGCGGGCGCGGCCAGGUAAGGGGCGGGCCUGCGGGCGGAUGAGCGCUGCGCGCCGGCGCCGGCCCGGGAGCCGGAUUUGGAGCGCUCGGCGGCGGCGGGGGCCGGAGGAGGCGGCGCGGCGGAGCCUCGGUGGCCUGGGACGCUCCUCCUAGCGAGGGCCGCCGCCCGCCUCCGCCUGGAGCUCCCUCGCCCCGGCCGGGACCGGCCGCCACUUCCGGCGGUUCCUCUGGGACGCGCUCACCUGGGACGCGUUACCUGCCUCCGGGCACCUGGGCUGCAGGAUGAAGGACCGGCUGGAGCAGCUGAAGGCGAAGCAGCUGACACAGGAUGAUGAUGCCGAUGAGGUGGAGAUCGCUAUUGACAACACAGCUUUCAUGGAUGAGUUCUUUUCUGAGAUCGAGGAGACUCGGCUCAACAUUGACAAGAUCUCAGAGCAUGUGGAGGAAGCAAAGAAACUCUACAGUAUCAUUCUCUCUGCACCAAUUCCAGAGCCAAAAACCAAGGAUGACCUUGAGCAGCUCACAACCGAGAUCAAGAAAAGGGCCAACAAUGUCCGGAACAAACUAAAGAGCAUGGAGAGGCAUAUUGAAGAAGAUGAAAUCCGCUCAUCAGCAGACCUUCGGAUUCGGAAAUCUCAGCACUCCGUCCUCUCUCGGAAGUUUGUGGAGGUGAUGACCAAGUACAAUGAGGCUCAGGUGGACUUUCGUGAACGCAGCAAAGGGCGAAUCCAGCGGCAGCUUGAAAUUACUGGCAAAAAGACAACAGAUGAGGAGCUGGAGGAGAUGCUAGAGAGUGGCAACCCUGCCAUCUUCACUUCUGGGAUCAUCGACUCGCAGAUUUCCAAGCAAGCCCUCAGUGAGAUCGAGGGUCGGCAUAAGGACAUUGUGAGGCUGGAGAGCAGCAUUAAAGAACUUCAUGACAUGUUUAUGGACAUCGCCAUGCUGGUGGAGAACCAGGGCGAGAUGUUAGAUAACAUAGAGUUGAAUGUCAUGCACACAGUGGACCAUGUGGAGAAGGCACGAGACGAAACUAAAAGAGCUGUGAAAUAUCAGGGUCAGGCCCGAAAGAAAUUGAUAAUUAUCAUUGUGAUAGUAGUUGUGUUGCUGGGCAUUUUAGCAUUGAUUAUUGGACUUUCCGUUGGGCUGUAAUGAGUGGCCUGCGGGGCUGCUGCACUGAAAUAACCUGAUUUCACUCCAGCCUGGUGGGACCACCUUUAUCUUCAGAUGGGAAUGGAGUCUGAAUGGCCUUCCUGAGAGCAAAGGGAACCCGUUCCUUUGUUUCCUUGUAACCAUCCUUGGACCUGACUCAGCAAUCAAUCUAGCCCUGGAGGAAUCUAACCUACCUGAUGCAACCCCAAGUUCUCCUCAAAACCAACUCCUGCCCCAGCAACUGAAGUACCUUUCCUCCUGGACCAUAUGAACUGACCCAGAUUUUUCCCUCCUGUGGUGUGUCAAAUUAUGCCUUGCACCUUGGAAAUCCCAUGUGAGACUAUCCCAAGGUGCUGCAUCUUCUACCUCAUGGAGUAUACUCCCAGAAAUUACAGUGUAUUUUUCUAGGGGAGUAUCUUUAACAAAGCAGAUGGAUUCUUCUAAAUUUGGCAACAAUAGGGUUUAGAUGGGAGACUUCUGCAUGGCAGGAUGCCAGUCCUGUCGGUCCUGAAAACAUGAGUGACUGGCAGAUGCCAUUUUGGUCCAAAAAGUUGACUUGCUUGAAAUUCAACUUCAAAUUAAGCUUUUAAUAAGAUCAACCUGGGGGCCAAUUUGGUCUUUCUCUAGGUUGUGUUCUCAUGUUUACUCAAAGAGGGACCAAGAUGAUAGUCAUCUGAGGUUGCCAUUUUCCAAGGCUGAGGAUUUGGAAUAUUUGUUUCCCUAUGAAUUUUGGAAACUGGCUUUUCACCUUUGGAGUGACUCUUUGUGAAGCUGUUGCCCUGAGGCCAAAAUUAACCAGGGAUUUAAAAUUGGGCUGGGGACAAGGUGCUAGAGUCUCAGACUCUGAAAAGGUUUCAUGAGGCUGAGUGUUCAGUCACUCAUGUGUUCAGGUGUAUUUUUAAAAGUGUGUAUAUGAGAUGCAUGUACAUAUAUAUGUGUCUGUUUCUCAGGAAAUAGGAAACUAGAAAAGAAAGAUACUAUGACCUCAAAAAUUAAAAAAAAAAACUUUUUUGAGCUAGACUAAAAAUUAGAUAAGUUGCUUUUGUUUACCUGCAAAUGAAUCAUUGUAGAAAUAUGAUCAUCUUAUGUCAUCAACAAAGUUGUUUUCUAGAAGAGAACUGGGAGAAUCAAAUGAGAUAUUCAGACUGAGGACUGAGUUGAUUUCUGGUUUCUGUGCAGCAGGUACAGGUGUAAUGGUUUGACACCUCUCCCUAUCUGCUACCUCCACUAGGCUUUCCCUGAGAACAUCCCACAGCAAUCCACAUGACCUAUGGGAUGUCCUGUCUUAGAUGGAGUUAGUUGGGAGAGACCGGAGACUACCUGCUAUUGGGUGAAUGAGCUUGACAGGUUCUUUGUUUUCCCCAGUUCUUGUCACAGAGGAAGCAACAGCCAGGAAAUUUUCGUGUAGUGACUGCUAAGCUGUAGGUAGCCCCUAGAUCCCUGUCAGUCUCCCUGAUUUUGGGUACUAGCUGUAUUUCAGCUUUGACAGUAAUGCUUUCUAAAGAAGAGAAAGCACCCUGAUCCAGGCACUGCCUAUUAGCUUCCUGUGCAAAGGCUCCUCACUUCUCACUACCCAACACUCAGACAGAGCCACAGGGAUGCCCUUCUCCCCAUGGCUAUGAUGUUAGAAGACAGGCUGUAAUCUCAGGCCUUUACUGUCAUCUGAGACUGAGGCCUGGGGCUUAAAGUUUGGAAUGCAACACAUGAAGGGUUUUUGUAUUUUUUAAAUGUAAAUUUGAUUAUUUUAUUGCUAAUUUAAAAAUAAAUGACUUUCUAAUGAUUGCAAAUCAGUUCUGUCUCUUGUCUCCCUGCAAACACUUGGUGAUCUGGUGCCACCAUGUGGUGGUUUCUGUUCAGGUUUUGGGACUCUGGUGGUUUAGAAAGUUCAAUUUUUUGAAAGUGGCUUCACUCCCAAAGAAUGCAGUGUAACUGCACUUGAGUUUCAGAGUUGAGGUCCUGCCCACAAAAGAAUUUGUUCAUUCGUUCAGAGCACCUUGCUAUUUUUCUGUGAACACUCCGGGUUCCAGAAGCCAGAUCCAUCACUCUUCCCUUCUGCUGCUCCUUUUCCCUUUGUACCCUCCUCCAUGUUCAGAGGCACCAGUCUUCCUUUAGUCAGAACUAUCUCCUUCACAGUGAUGUCAUUGCUCAUGUGCUUUUUCUUUCCUUGUCUGGAUGAGCAGAAGAAGAUCAUGAUCAUGAUCUGCUGUGUUAUCCUUGUGAUCAUCUUGGCUUCCACCAUUGGGAGCAUAUUUUCCUGAAAAAGGUGAGCUGUCAUCGGGGAGGAGGGUCAGGUCUGCUUUCACUAAACACUCUUGUGUUCGGGAGCAUUCACUGUUUGUUGCCAGUUUCCCUAAUCUGUGUGUGAUGAGGUGCUAGAAUAGGUAAAGAGUAAACUAAGGAAAAGGAUGUUUCAGAUAAAAAUGAGUGGAGCUGGUAGCAGUCAGUGGGAGAGCAAGGAAGAAAGGAGGCAGAAAUCUGUCCCAUAACUGCACCUGGGAGCAGAAUGCUUUGUACAGGUCAAAUUGUUGAUUCCUGCUGUAAAAAUUGAGCCUUGGUGUCUGGGAAUGGCAGAAUGAGAAAGAAUUAGCUCUUGCAUUAGGUGGACCCUGAACUGGGGUUAGGAUAAGAUAGUAUAACCUUGUGAAUACUGUCUUACCCCUACUGAAGAGGGAGUUAUUUGAAAAUAAAAUACCAUGCUCUACAAUCUAUGAUUUUUUCCCCUCCAUUCUUCUGUUAUUUCCUUCUGCCCUCACAGAUGGAUCUUCGUGGCAUUUCCAAUCCUUCUCCCACCUUUGUGGGGUCAUCACUUCACUGCAGACUCCUCAUCAGCUUCACCUCUUUCCAUUAGGCAACUUAUUAUGACACAAGGCAUCAAUCAACUACUUAUUACGUUAUGCAAAGGGAGAAUAUAUGCAAAUAUGAAAAUGGGAGGGGGAAGGAAUGAAGGAACAGAGGGCACAGCAAUAUGUAGUUGGUUAGGCAAAUGGUUUAAAGGAAGGGCCUGCAGGGUACAUCAAUAGGCAUAAUGGGUACCUGCUUAGGAGAUGACGACUGGAGCCCACACCAACAGGAUGGCUGUGGAGGCAGUUCCUGUAGCACACCCAGUUCAACAGGGUCUUCUGUGAACUGCUGUGAACUAAGAUCAGCACAUCUGUUACUUCUGCUUUUAAGGCUCUUCUAGGUCUCACCCUUGACCAACUAUAUAUCUUCUUCCUUCUUCAGGGUCCAACAGUAGUCUUCAAAUUGGGAGGUACCAGGCCUUGUCUUGCUCACUGCUCUGUCCCCAGUGCUUAGCACAGUGCCUGCCACUCACAGGUGCUCAAAUAUCUGCUGACUCAGCGAUCUAUCAUUAAGUUGUGAUUCCACUCACGGAUGAGUGCUUGGGAUUGACUCUUUAAAGGCAUCAAUGGGAACCUUUUAAAAAUUUUUUUACUUAUUUUUUUUAUUGUCAGAAGCUGUGAAAGCUGACAGCCACUGGGCUGAUACACUUAACAGCCCCCCCCCCCCCCCCCCGCCCCGUUUUGUGUGUGUGUGUGUGUGUGUGGGUGGUGAUGGUGGAGUCCUAUUAGUAGCCUCUUUCCAUAAAGAAGAUGGUUGGUUGCAGGAUGGCAGUUCACUAAUAGACCCCCAACAAAAGAAACAUGUUUAUAUCAAGACUGAACCUCCAACAGUCAACAUACCAUGCUCUGUAGUCCACACAAACAGGUGAAGUGUGAGGUAAGAAAGGAGGAGUAAGCGGUUGCUUGCUUUACUUCUUCGUGGUAUGUAUUGCAGGCUGAAACUGUUGGUUGGAAUGCACCAGCACAGAAGUGGUCCCGAGGCUGUGUCCAACUCAAGGUUGUUCUGUUCCCCUUUAAAAACUAUGUAUAUGUGAGUUCCAAUAUGAAUGAUUUACUUAGUGAUUACACUGCAAAAGGAUCACUAAAAAUACAUUAAAAAUUCAUAGUACAUGACUUGUUGAGGACCACCCAACUGUGCAGAUGUAUACUUCUGAAAGUCGGUGAUAAAUUCUUAUUUUCUUUUCUGGAGAUGUAAUUUUUUUUAAGAAAAUGGGAUAAAAAUGACAUUUUUAUCAGUGUGCUUUCUAUUAAUUUUCAAAAGCAAAUGGUUUAACAUUUCUUGUAAUUUGUGUUUCCUUUAGUUUGAAUAGGGGCUAUAACUGGCUAGCUCUGAAAUAUGGAUUAAUCUUGUUAUAAACAGGGUGCUGGAACCGUGGGAAUUUGAAUCACAUGGGGUCCUCAUUCACCCAGCAGUGGUAAUUUGUGUGCCAGAUGGCAUACGGCACUGUGCUAAUCCUGCAGAGACACAAAGAGCCUAACACUCCCCUCCUUGGAGACCUCCAGACUAGGAGGCACCAUGUAAUUUCAACUUUUAAGUUCCUUUGCUAAAAGCUUUGUUCCUUGUCAUAUUGUCCAACAUCCCCUCUUUCCAGAUUCAAAGAAGAUGGGUAGAUGGCACCAAUAAAUAUCUCUUGAAUCCAUUAA